AUGCGAGGCGGUCGGAAUAAAUUUGGGCCCAUGUACAAGCGGGACCGAGCCCGGAAGCUCCAGAUGCUGAGGCAACGCCAGUUGGCCAUCCAGCAAGGCGGACCUGGACCCGGUGGAGCAGGGAACAACGUGAACGCGGUCGUCUCGGACUCGAGCGGCCGGAUGAAUCGCCUCAAUCACUCGUCCUUCUAUGCCCUGUGCACGCCGCCGCCGCACAUCAAGCAGGAGCUCAUCCAGAUACCGCAGCUGAGCAGUUCCACGUCGUCUCCGGAUUCGUCGCCGUCUCCAAUGCCCGGUCCUCAGUCUCUCGUCGGUGGGCCUUCCGGAGUGGGCAGUGCCGCUGGUGGCGCCGGUGGUGGUAGUGGCGGGGCGGGUGGAGCAGGGGGAGGAACUAGUGGUGCUGGUCUCCCCGUCUUGGGGACUCAUCCGCUCUCCAACGGUGGGAACGGGGGCGGCGGGGGAGGAGGUGGGAGUGGGGCUCCCACCACCCCUCUGGUACCUGGUCAUCAGAACAGUCGGACAGGGACGUCCACUUCCGUCGUAUCCGCGGCGCUAGGUGGUGGUGGGGCGGGUGGGGGUAGUGGUGGUGCUGGUAGUGGACCUGGACAUGGUAGUGAUCCGAAGCUGUGGGGGAAUGUGAGUGCAGGACCUGGAACGGCUGCUGCUUCGGCUGCUUCCCCGAGCCCCUCAUCCAAAGCCUUCCAGUACGAUUGGUUCCUGCACCCGAGUCCUACUCCGGCGGGGAAGAUCCCUCCUGUGAUCCGCGAAAUCGUCGCCACGCUCGACGAUAAAGACUGGCAAAAUGCUCUCUUCGGUCUCCUUCAAAACCAGACGUACAACCAAUGCGAAGUGGACCUCUUUGAACUCAUGUGCAAAGUUCUCGAGCAGAACUUGUUUGCGCAAGUCGACUGGGCAAGAAAUUCUGCUUACUUCAAGGACCUCAAGGUGGAUGACCAGAUGAAGCUGCUCCAGGCGUCCUGGUCGGACAUCCUCGUCUUGGACCACAUCCACCAGAGGCUCCACAACCACCUGCCGGACGAGACGACGCUGCCGAACGGGCAGAAGUUUGACCUCCUCGCCCUCGCCCUCCUCGGGUCCCCGCAACUCAGCGAUCAAUUCAAUGAACUCUCAGCGAAGCUUCAGGACCUCAAGUUCGACCUCUCCGACUACGUCUGUCUCAAAUUCCUCCUCCUCCUCAAUCCAGAUGUGCGGUCACUGAUCAAUAGGAAACAUGUUCAGGAAGCCCACGAUUCCAUCAAGCAGGCGCUUCUAGACUAUUCUGUGAAUUGUUAUCCUCAUGUACAGGACAAGUUCAGCAAGCUACUGGGUCUCUUACCAGAGUUGCAUCAGCUGUCCAGUCAAGGGGAGGAGUUUCUGUACAUGAAGCACAUGCAGGGGAGUGCACCUACUCAGACGCUUCUUAUGGAGAUGCUGCAUACCAAGCGCAAGUAG